AUGCGUUUUCACAAUCAGUCUCAGCAUCGUACACAUCAUUGCUACUACCUGCGUGUGUGGCAGGAGUGGUUGGAACACAUUGACACAAAGGACACUGCCAAUGAUGUCAUCAUAGUUGCUGGGGACAUUUCCCACAAGUGGGAGAUCAUCCGCGCCACGCUGUCCUUCUUCAAGGAGCAUUACGCCAGAGUGUUCUACGUUCCUGGCAAUCAUGAGCUCUGGGGCGGGGCUGAUGAGGACUCGAUGCGACGGCUGGACCAGCUGCUGCAGCUUUGCGCAGAGCUCCAGGUAGAGACGUCGCCAGCCGAGGUUGCAACAACCUCUCGGCGCGUGCUUGUCGUGCCGCUGCUGUCGUGGCACCACCCGCAGUGGGACACGGAGCCAGACAUCGAAGGUUGGAGCGGCCUUCUGCCUGUAGACCAGAUGCUCAGCGAUUACCCUCUGACGCAUUGGCCGCGUGGGAUCUCCAUCAGAGCCAUCAUCUGA